ACUGUCGAGAAGACGAUGCGUCGCGGGGAAGCCUGGAUCCAAACUCCGGGACUUGACAGCUUCGGUGAACGCAAAGCGUGAAAGCACCUCAGUCUUCGCCCAGAUGCAAACUGGUGUAAUACUUUCAACACUUGACAACCAUGUCAGCUCCUGCUGCAAAGAAGGUCGCAGCGGCUGAGGAUUGCGUUGAAUGGUCGCGCUUGACCGAGGGGCUCAUCCAACACAUAGCUAGAUAUCUCCAUCCUAAUGAUGUAGCCAUAAACUUCAAGCUGCUGAACCGUGAAGCAGCGGCGUGCCUGAAGGAGUACCAAGUCAUCCGACUCUCGCAGCCGCUGACGCCUGCGCCUUCGUGGGCUGGUGAUGAACCGUUGCAAGUAGCUGUACAGUCAUGGCCUUCGGCUGCUUUUGUGGCGCACUGGGGCCGGCCGCAGCCUUGGCGCGCCCUCAGCUUGCAACAGCGGCGCCGGCUGCUAUGCUUGGCCGCGAACUCGGGCUGUGCCGCGAGCCUGGAGGUCGCGCUGGCGCAUUGCGGCUGCAAGUUGACGUCACACAUAGCCGUGGCUGCCGCGCUCGGCGGCAGCGUGUCUGCGUGCGAGACGCUGCUGAUCCGGGAGGGCUGCGACUGCAUGGCGCGCCUGGAGGACGUCGCGGCGGAGGCCGGUCACCUGGAGCUGCUGCGCUGGCUGCGUCAGGCUCGGCGGGACCAGCUGCUGUCGACACCUCCGCCGCAGCUACUGCCUGAGAGGGUGCCAGAGGAGCUCGCAACAGCGGUCGCGGCAUGCCGUGGCGGCCACGCGCACAUCUUUGCCUGGUUGCUGGAGGAGGAGGAGCAGGCGCAGGGACUCGGCAGGGCUCCUGGCGCGGUUGCGGCAGAGCCGCUGACACUGGCUCACCCAAAAGUCGUGCCGUUCCUGGCGGGCGCGGCCGGCGCGGGCGGGCAUGUGCAGCUACUGGACCAGCUGCUGCCGCGCCUGGAGCCCAUCCCCACGGGGGCGGCGUGCAGCAUGCUGGAGACGGUGGCGCAGGGCUGUCCGCUGGAGGCCCUGCAGCGGGUUAACAGACGUGUCUUUGGCACUGGCAUGCACCUCACUGCUAGCACCAAGCAGUCCCUGGCGAUUGCCGCCGCUGUCAGCAGCACGCCGGACUGGGAGCAGAAGCUUGACUGGGUCCUGCAGCAGCAGCCGCACGGGGCCGCCCUGCCCGGGCACCCCAACCCUGCAGGUCCCCGCGGUGGCAAUGACAGUGCCGUGCUCCGCCGCGGCGCCGGCCGGCUGCCGGACUGGCUGCAGCGGCUGCAGGCCCUGCGCGCGUGCAGCGUGCCGCUGCCGCCUCUGAGUGGCCUUGCGGUGUGGCCCGCCCAUAUGAAUGACGUCGCCGCGCUGACGUGGCUGUUGGCGGAGCAGGGCGAGGUUGCGCCGGUGAUUGACGGUGUAAUGUAUGUGGCUGCGGCGGCUGGUCACGUGCCAGUACUCACAGCGCUUCAGGAGCGGGGCUGCGUGUUCUCAGGGCGACACGUCCUGGCGGCGGCUCGGGCCGGCAGAACGGCAGCUGUGAGCUGGCUCCUCGCGCAGCCGCUGCAGCCCCCCGUGGACGACUGGGCGGAAGUCUUCAAGUGCUUAGCGCGCGGGGGCGCGGACCUGGCCACGCUGCGGCAGCUGCACGAGCGGCACGGCGCGCGCAUUGACCUGGAGGCGGUGGCGAAGUACGGCAGUGUGGAGGCGCUGGAGUGGGCGGUGGCGUUGCUGCGAUGGCCGGACGCGGAUGUUCCGGGUGUCCCGGGCGCGUGGGCAAUCAAGACAGACACGCCAAGUUUUGUGGCGAGCGCAGGCAACCUGGCGGCAGCAGAUUGGCUGGCACAGCUGCUGGUAUCCAAGCGGCUCGGGGCCCCAAGCCUGGGGGCGGCUCGUGGGUUUCAUGGUAUGUUGGGCUGCGCACACGGCUCCUUCGGGACGCUGCGCUGGUGGCUGCGGCAACGGCAGGAGGGCUGUGGUGUGGGGCAGGCUGUGCAGGGCGAGGAGGGGCAGGGGGAGGCAGAAGGCCUGAUGCGGCCGCUGACGGACUCCGAGUGGUGGGACCUGUUAGCGGAUGUCUUGCCCUUUGUGUUCACAGCGCAUGAUUACUCUGAUGGAUGUAAGUACUCGCGCGCGCAGUGGAACUGGGUGGUGGCUAAGCGGCUGGAGGCGGCUGCGCAGGCGGAGGCGGCGGGGCAGGCGGGCGCGGUGGCGGCGGCGCGGGCGAAGGUGGAGGAGCAGGUGGAGGAGUGGCUGCGACGGUUGGCGUAGUGAGCCAGGGAUGCAAUGCUAGUUCUUGGCGCGGACGGCCCAGACGGCGCAGACCAGUACACACUAGUGCAACUGCGGCUGCGACCGGGCAGGCGGACGCCGCACAUGGCGCUGACCGCGGAAGAGUUCAACCGGGCUGAGUCGCGUUGCAAUGAGCACUGAAACCGUCGUGUUGUUGUGGUGCGUUGCGCAAGUAGCACCGUAGUGGCAGUUGCGUUGCGUUGGGAUGCAUUUACGGUGCUGGUGACAAGGCAGCUGCAAAGCAAAGCAGUGCUAUGGCAAGUGGGCUCGUGUAGCUGAUGGGGUCGAGGCGCCAGCAGCGCCAAGGCCAUGCCGUACGCGUGCUGCUGACUCGGCUGGGCCUCGGAGUCUGAGAGGCCAGCUGCAGGGCUUAUUGCAGCUUUGGGGAGCAGCGGAGACAGCCGGUGGGUACCUGAAUGUGUACGCCAGGUGCCGUGGCGUGCGCUGGGCAGCUGCAGAUGGGACUCAGGGAGAGUGGGACGCAGCGGCCCGCAGAGGCUGCCGUGCCGCCUUCCACGUGAAUCGGUGCGUGGAUGCGGGUGAGGAGGGAGAGCGGGGCUGGGGUUAGGGCGUUGGCGGGCUAAUAUUUGGACGUUUGGGGCCGUCUAACAGCUGGCUGCUACAAGGUUGGGCCCGAUAAUGGUGAAAACGGGCAAGACUUGGGUAAUGUAACAGGGGGGUACU